AGCUGUGAAUAGGGAACCGUACCAUGUGGUGUCCUCUUAGACAAGUGACCUGUUCGCAAGAUGUACUCAACUCACACAACAACCAAGGAUAUUUGGUAGGAUGAGAUGGAACUCUGUGUUCCAAGCCUCUAUGAUGAUACAUAACACAAAAACUGGCGGUGUUUAACCAGGAAGAACGUUCCGUGAUAAUGCGACGAGUUCAAGAGUCAACGUCAUGGGAAAGUCUGUGGUCGUUUUGAUAUAUGUCACCUAUUUUUGCUGCAUUCUUCAGCCAGUUCAUUACAGGUACAACAUACACCAGUAAGGCAUGCUAUGGAUCCGGUCGUCUGUUCUGUGUUCGACAUGACCUCCGCUGCAACCCCACCCAGAAGAUCGCCAUUUUUUACGCAUAUUAUACAAACAACUCAGACUGUGCGUUGACAGGUAUUUCUAACUGCGAAACCGUGAAUCCGGCGAAUGUGACAGAACAUGGUUAUCACAGAUUCAGCAACAACGAGCUUCUCCCCCUUUACAGCAACUGCUCCAGAAAGACAAACUGUCGCUAUCCUGUUCCCCGGCGGAGUGCUGCUCUUGCAUUCUCUGUUGUCAAAUAUCGGUGUAUUGAAGGACAGACGGGAAAUAACACUGGUGCAAUAGCUGGUGGAGUUGUGGCCACAGUCGUAGCUGUACUGGUUGUAACACUGGUGUCAGCGUGGAUCAUACGGCAGAGACGAGCGAACAGCGAAUCGAAAGCGACGACACCUUCUAUAGAUGCAAAGUCAGACAUGACCUACAGUUUGGCCGGUAAGAUCCAACAGAACAACUACCAUGAAAUCCAGGACCUCAAGACACAGAACUGUGACCAUGACUACGCUACCGCGGAUGUCAUGGGUCUUCCUCCAACUACAAACACUUACUUCACCAUCGAACCUGCUGGGAAUCAAACUGUAAGAGACAAUUCAACAGUCUCUGCAGCUGAAGGUGACUAUAAUCACAUUGGAGACAAGCCAUCCCUUCAGAUCAGUGACUACGACACAACACCUUCAAUAGCCCAGCAAGAAAAUUUUGGAGAAGAUAGUUAUGGUUACAAUCACUUCCAAAAGAAAGCCAACACUCAGACACACCAGAAUGACUACGACACUGCUGCCUCUGCAACUAAGGCAAUGGCCGACAUCAGUACGACCGAAAGGAACACAGAUGAAGACGACUAUGACCAUUUUCAUAGGGGAACCAAUGCUUCUGAGACUGUUAGCUCGCCGUAUGAUACUACAUCGGGAGUAGAAGAUAACUCUGAGUAUUCUGUUGCAGGAAAAAUGAAAUGAGCAUAUGCCGAAAUUGGACUAUCUGCGUAUGUUCUGGUUCCUAUGGUACACUAUAAGUUGCAAUUGUAUGCUUCUCUCGGGGGUAAUACGGUCUGAUGUACGCCUCUUUGUAGCAGUAUAACCCGAGCCGGUAGGAAGCUUGUUAAAGUGUCAUUGAACAAUGAAAUUAACGUACUUCACAUGGAGGUAGUAUAGGUACAUGUUACUAAAUAUCAGAUACCUUUACAGUGUUCCUUAUCACAUUAUUUGGUUUUAUAUCAGAAAUAAAUGUUUGAAACUUUCAUAUAUGAGGGGAAGCACAUUUUGACCAUACGUCUGAAACCAAUACUUAUUUGAUCAUCACAGUUUCGCGUGAUAUCCAAGGACUGAAAUGCUGGUCACUCACAGACAGAUGAUUGAAUCCUUCUUUGAAACGAUUUUAAUCAGGUGUCACAGGAUGUUUAGACAAUGUAUAAGCCUUUCUGACUACUUCAGCAUCUAGACUAGUUCACUUUUGCAUUGAUGUAAUCCAUGUGUAACAACCAUAUGUUGUGCCUUUGUUCAACACGGCAUUUCAUAUCAUAUAUAACCACAGUUGAUAAGUAAGUAUAUACACCUGCUUGCUGGAGCUGACUUACAAUAGCAGACUUGGAAUCACUGUUUGAUUUAUUUCUGUUAGAAAUUGUAAUUUGUAUGUGAUAUAACCAACUAAAGAAGUUUGGACUCAACAUAUUUCCUCGUAGAUAUUCAUUUACGCGUUGAUAGACGCAUUAGAUUGUUUGGAGGUUUAUGCAAACGAGAUCACACAAAUCAAUGCCAAAAUUGCCACCAAUAUUACACAAUUUAUGUAACACGCGUUGGGGUCAGUUAUUUGAAGGUGGCAAUUUUAUUGUUCGUUAAUUAUAAAUUUUCAAAGUUGAAUUCUUUAUGUUACAAUGUGUUUCAAUUUUACACAGUCACGUCUCCUUCCGAUAUCAUUCACGGUCAUCAUUUUCUUUCUUAGAGGACUUGAAAUGAGAAGGCUGGAGAGGUUUCAUUUUUCAUUUGUAAUGUAAGGAGCUCACGAUGUGAAUGAACAGUUUCAGGUUGUGCCACAAUUAAAAUAAUUCCAUGAAUGUGCAUACUAUUUUUGAAUGCUAACAUGCGGCGAGGAGGAAACUUCGAAAUAUCCAGUUACGUGGCUGCUUAUGUGAUUAUAUGACUUGUUGAUAUGUGAUAGUAGUUACCUGUCUGAUUGCAAAUAAAGGAACAAUAGUCAGAGGGAAGAUUA